UCAAGCAAGGGCCUAAAGGCCCUGGGGGAUGAUUUGGUGCUUAUGUCGCUUAGUUCGUUCCGGAUAGACCGGGCGGACCUGGCUUCCACAGCAUCUGACCGAUGCUCCGAAGAUUCUUUUGGUGUGGUCGGCUCGGUGGAGGAUCGUUUGAAAACUGAUCGCUCAUCCAAGCUUGCAGCCUUCAAGGAACGCCAAGUGAAGAACUUCCAAAGGCCUCCUAUAGCCUCUGUGGCUUCCACCAGCUCCUUGAGGCGCUCCCAAACGGAAGGCGCAGCUGAGUCGUCGGAAGUCCUGUCAUUGAGCCGGCUGAAUACCGCCAGAAGCAUCGAUGGAGAGUCCAAUUCGCCAGUACCACUGGUGAGUGACAUGACGAAGCAGUUGGUAGAGAUCAAGGAACAACAAGAGUCUGUCACACAAAAGAUUUUUGCGGCCAUUGCUAGCAGCGAUCAGGUUUCGGUAGAGACAAAGAAUCAACUCUCGCGCCUUCAAAGUAGACUUGAAGAGGUGGAGGGCGAGGCUUCCCAAAAAAGAAGGGAAGUGCUGCAGCAGUUGUCGCAGCUGCAAGAGAAAUUCAAGGAGCAUCAGUCACACAAUUCGGAGUUGAAAGAAGGACAGCAGGAACUCAAAGCUGCUUUGACUCGGGAGCUGGAGGGCCAGAAUGCUUCGUUGAAAGCCUUGCAGCAAACAUCAAAGGAGGCACAGGCGCAACUUGAGGAGUUGAAAGUUGAUGCCCUGCCAAAGAAGCGGGUUUUAGAGAGUCUCAAGGUUGAUAUGGAGCAGCUACCAGAGCUCUGUCGACUGGUGGGACAGCAGGGCCGUUUGAUUGAUGCAAUCCGUGCUCAAGAUCUUGGGGAACGUGUUGGUGAGAUGCAGCGCGUGGUAGAGACCCAAGGUAGAUCUCUGGAGGCCCUCCGGACUCAAGAAGCAAGCUGCAACAGCGACAUCCAACGGAGCUUUGAAGCCAACAUGGCCGUUGUGCAGUGUCUCCGCACCAAAGGAGAAGAGACAGGUCAGCAUGUAGCUGACUUGCAGCGGCUUGUUGAGUCGCAAUCAAGGACAGUGGAGUCACUUCGCUCCCAGUCACUCCAAGUACAGGAAACUCUUCAAGGCCAGGAUCCUGACAAACGCUUGAGUGACUUAAAGCGUUCAACCGAUGGCAUAGCAGAGCUCUUUCAAGAGCUGAAAGGCCGAAUGCUUGAGAGUGCCUCAAAGUUGCAAGAGGUCAGCAGCUUUCUCGAAAAGCAAGAAACCAAUCUUCAAGGUCUCAGCACUCAGAGCAGCACUAUGCAUCAAUCCUUGACUGCAGUUCUUCUUGAGAUCCUCUCACAGCUCAAAGAGCUUCCUUCGGAGCUGGGCACCAAAGUGGCUGAGCUGAGCCAGACGAUCUCUGAGGUCGUAGAGUCAUCGCAAGAACAAAAGCUUUUCUUGGAGGCAGCACAGGCUGGAAUCAACAACAUCAAAGAAGAACAGAGUAGGAGUUUCGGUCAGCUGCAAGAACGCCAACAAACUUCUGUGGGAAAGGUGCAGUCCACGCUCAGUGAGUAUCGAGCUGAUAUGGCUGCUUGGCAAUCUGAAGCAGCAGAGCAGCUGCAACAGGCCAUGCAGACCCACGCGCAAGAGUUCCAGGCACUGCAAUCCAAGAUGGCCAUUUAUGGCACCCAGCUAAGUGAACAAGACAGGCAGCUUCAACAGCUGACCAAGACAGCUGCCACACAGAAAAGCUUAGAACAGUUCAUGCUGAAGAUGGACGCCCAGCACAAGGCUCAUGUGGAAGAGAUGCACCGCCUCCAAAAGUCCUUUGCCAAUGAGUCGGAAUGUCAAGGCCUUCGCAUGGAGCUGGAUGCCUCGAAGAAGAGUCAGCGCUCCCUUGAGGGCCAGCAGGCAAUCCAAGAGAGAUCUUGGGAAGAGGAGAGAGCCAAAUUUGAGAAGGAAGUGGCCCGGCUGCAAGCACGGGAAGCUAGCCUUGUGCAGCAAUUGCAGCAGGCAAUUGUUGAAGUGCCCAUCACGCAGAUGACGGAACCUGUGGAAGCAGAAAGAAGUCUAAGGAGUUUCCUGCCACCUCCGCCCAGAAAACCUCCCUUUUUAACCCUUGGGGUUGCGGCGGUUGGCGGGCUCCUGCUGGCAAGCCUGGCGGCCCACUUCAAGUGGCACAAGGCUCCUGAGCCACCAAGCAAGCCGCAGGGUUUUAGGGUAUCUAGGGUCUUCAGGCGGGUGAAGAAUGGGAUCCACGUCCGCUGA